AUGAUCAACCCCGCCAACACCCCAAGAAACAAGAACAAGGCUGACCCAGAUACACCACAGUCAGCUAGCAUUAACACCACAUCAACCAGCGACGGCACUACAAUCACCCUUGAUAGCGCCCCUGCUGUAGCGUCAUCAAUUCCGGGAUUGUAUCCGCCCCAAGAGACCGGCGAAGAAGAGGAGGAAGAAGAGAUUGAUCAGGAGGGACUCCCAGAAGACAUCAAGGAAAACACAUACCUUGGUGAAGAAGGAGAAGUCCAGCUCAUCAAAGACCUGGAAAAGCACGACCUCGCUGACAACCGCAUUGACCUGUCCCACGGUAAGGCCCACUGGAGAGAGAUUGCCACCGACUUCCAUCAAAGUGCGAUCAAGGAGAUCGAGGAUUAUGUCAAGACGUCCGAAGGCCACAAGGAUCGGCUUUAUGUCGAUGCUAUUCUGUCGAACGUCAAAGUUGGUAACCAAGGAAACAAGAAGGAACCUGACUUGCUUGUCUGGGGGAAGUCUCGCCUCAAGGCAUGCAAAGGGGGCCGGGUGCGGCCCAUUACAAUGCAGGUUGCGGGAUCAAAUGCACGUCGAAGGAUGAAUCCCCAUGUAGUUUUCGAGUUCAGCUGGUCCAACAAAUUGAAAACCAAGGAAAUUCCCAAGUUUCGUCGCCAGAUGGAUGAGCACGAUGGAGCACUCGGAGCUAUCGAACUUGGCUUUCUCAUCAAAGCCAUCCCUGUCUCUGGAACAAAAUUGCCGCCUGAAGACAACCCAAGCUCAAUUCCAGUUUGUGGAUUUGAUGUUUACGAAGCGCGUCCUGGCAAUGGUAAGGGCGUGAAAGCAGGCCAUCCCAACCACAAAUAUUGUGUUGACGAGAUGGAAGAUACCUUCAUUACCAUUUCAGGCAGUGACCUGGGUGACGGUGACUACGCAAACAUCGAUAUCCCCCUACAGAAAAUCCGUGAUGUCCUUGAUGAGGACCUUGGUGUGGUUUUUCAACGGCAGACAAAGCCCGAGGAUUGA